AUGUCACAACUAUUUGAAUGGGCUUUUGGGAAAAAACUAACUCCGCAAGAACGACUUCGGAAGAAUCAAAGGGCGUUGGAAAAGACCCAACGAGAACUUACACGAGAAGUAACUAAAUUACAGCAACAAGAAAAGAAAUUGAUAAGUGAUAUCAAGAAAUCGGCCAAACAGGGGCAAAUAUCCAGUGCUAAGAUUCAAGCUAAAGAUUUAAUUAGAACAAAAUCAUACAUAAACAAGUUUAAUUCGAUGAAGGCACAAUUACAAGCGAUUUCCUUACGAGUACAAAGUGUAAGGUCUAAUCAACAAAUGGCAAUGUCGAUGAGGGAUGCGACUAGAGUCUUGUCAGGAAUGAAUAGAUCAAUGAAUUUACCACAAUUAUCGAGAAUAGCUCAGGAAUUUGCUAAAGAGAAUGAUAUGAUGGAUCAGAAGCAAGAUUUUAUGGAUGAUGCUAUUGAUGAUGCAAUGGCUAUGGAUGAAGAUGAAUUAGGAGAAGAAGAACAAAUUGAUGAAAUAUUGGGCAAAGUACUUGAUGAAAUUGGAGUUGAUUUGAAUUCGAAUUUGAAAGAUACUCCGACUGGAAUCAAUGCAGGUCAAGAAACAGUCGAUAAUGGCAGAAUUGCUGAGAGUAUUGGUGCUCAUGGCGAAAGUGGUGGUGGUGGAGGCCAAUCCAACACUGAUGAAGAUGACUUACAAGCAAGAUUAGAUAGUUUAAAGAAGUGA